AUGUUAGUUGAGGAAACUGAUGACUGGUGGAUCAACACUCGUAAGGUGUUGGAUGUUGCAGCUGAAGUUGCAACAUGGAUUAUGUUCCAAAGGGAAUUUCUGAGAAAGAAAUUUCCUGAGGAUGUUUGUGGGAAGAAGGAGAUUGAGUUUUUGGAGCUAAAUGAGGUUACUAAUGAGUUCUCGAAGUGUGUCAAAUUUGAGAAUUGUUUGCAUCCUGAAAUUAAGUAUGCGAUUAGAUACCAACAAAUCAGGAGGUUUCCAGAGUUGGUGAACAGAUGUAGAAUUUACGAGGAUGAUAGUAAGGCUCGAUCGGCUCACUACAAGGGGCUGAGCGAGAGAAGAGGAAAGCAGAAUAUGAACCGUAGGAAGCCAUAUAGUGCUCCAGAUAAUAAAGGUAAACAGAGAGCUGUUGAUGGUAAUAGGCCAAGUGGGAAAGGUUCUCCAACUCCUCUUAAGUGUUAUAGGUGUGGUGAGUUGGGUCAUCGUAUCAGUGAGUGCAAGAGUGAUGUAAAGAAGUUUUACAAGUGUGGGAAGUCAGGACAUCUGGUUGCUGAUUGCAAAGAGAAUGUGGUGACUUGUUACAACUAUGGUGAACCAUGA